GUGCAGCAACAUACCAUACCAGUAACGAAAGUGGAUCACACGGCUGGGUUGCAUAUGAAUGUAUUGACUGGGGUGAAUUGUUUUCUGAUAAGAUAUGGAACCCUUCAGAUGCACCAUUACAACUCAGGUGCAAAGAGAAAUCAGAUAUCCAAGUUGCAGGCAUGUUAUCAUUUUACAUCUUGACCAAAGGAAAGCAUCCAUUUGGUCCGAAAAUAGACCGACUGAAGAAUUUGCAUGAUGACAAUCCAGUGGGUUUGAGAGAGCUUUGUGAUCCUGUGGUCAAAGACCUGCUGUCUCAAAUGUUGGCUAGGAGCCUGGAUGAACGACCAUAUGUGGAGCAAGCCUUGAAGCAUCCUUACUUUCUCUCUCGCAAAGAGCAGAUGAAAUUUGUAGAAGCUGCGGGCAACGAACCUAAAUUAAAGAGUUCCCGCAAUGAUGUUUCCAAUCAGCUGGACAACCGCCAUCCAUCCAAAACCCGAAGUUCGUUGUUACCAGACAAUUGGAAAGACGUGAUUGGUCGCGAUGACCUCAGGACGCUGUGUGAUGGAGGUCAAAAGUCCCCAUCAGAGUAUAAAGGUAGCCGGUAUACACAUUGCAUUCGAUUAAUACGAAACUCAUUUCAGCAUCCGGAUGGCAAAGUGUGUCAAUUGAAAAAUAAGACACCGGCUAUUUCUUCUCUUGAGGAAUAUUUCCUUCAAUUAUUUCCAACACUCCCGCUUGUUCUUCAUCAAAUAAUCAGAGAGGAUUGCGACUGGAAAACACUCCCUGCUUUGAAGGAUUUUUUUCCUGUGAUAGACCGUCGUGCAGUGCCUGAUGUAGACUAA